UUGAGGUGGGGGUGGAGGGGUGUUUUUGUUUGUUUUGGAGAGUGGAUGGAAUGAAAAUGGGAGGGAAGUGAACACUAAGGCAAGAAUCUGAGGAGGAAAAACAAGUCCUGUUCUUACAGAAGACUGUCCGCUUCUAAGCAGACAGCAUUAGUAUUCCAGGGAGCAGAGUCAGGACCACACAGAUUCAGGGCUGGAAGGGAUCUCAGACCAUCCAGUCCAACCCCAGCACUCUGGGAAGAAAACCGAGGUGAGGCGGUGUCGUGUGACCUGCUAGUCCCGUGGAGAGCUGGGCAGCGUGGGGGCAGAGGCUGGCCCUCCUGAUCCGCACCCAGGCAGCUUCCACACCACCCUGCAGCAGGCCUGGCCACUGGCCUCAGCCCUUCUGGGAGAAGGUCAGCCAGGUGGAAGAUGGAGAGGGCUUCUGGACUGAGCCCUGGAGGGGAGCUGGGGGCCACCAGCAGGCAGAUGAACCCUGGGACCCAGCUGGCCGACCCACCUGACCACGGUGACAAGGACUGCUUGGGAGGGAUAAGCCCAGGUUCGGGAAAGCAAAUUCAGGCUGCAGGACAGCUGCCCGGGCCCCCCACAACCCUGGCACCAGCCCAGGGAAGACUGAGGAGCCUCAUUCCAUGGGGACUGCAAACACCUGAACACAGCGAACCUGAAGGUAUAGGGCAUCUUCAGGCUGCUACUGAGGCGUUCCUGCCGCACUCAACCCAGAACCUCAUCACUGAAAGGAACCUCAUGGUUCAGGCUAGAGUGCAGUGGCACGAUCUCGGCUCACUGAAACCUCCGCCUCCCAGGUUCAAGCAAUUCUCCUGCUUCAGCCUCCCAAGUAGCUGGGAUUACAGGUAAGUGCCACCACACCUGGCUAUUUUUUUUUUUUUUUUAAUUUUUAUUUUUAGUAGAGACGGGGUUUCACCAUGUUGGCCAGGCUGAUCUCGAACUCCUGACCUCAGGUGAUCCUCCUGCCUUGGCCUCCCAAAAUGCUGGGAUUAUAAGCGCGAGCCACUGUGCCCGGCUGUGGAUGUGCA